CAACUAUCUAUAAAUUUAUAGUAUACUAUAGUAAAGAAGUAUAGUAAAGUAGUAUAGUAAACAUGUUAAAGACUACUAUGAAACCAUUGAUUGGUAUAAGGACAUUUUCAUCUUCUGCAUCAGUAUUAGGAAGUCAAGUUUAUUUCGUUACAUCUAUUGCUGGAGUUAAACAGAAACCUAUUAAAUUUGAACUCUAUGAUGACGUAGUACCCAAGACAACUAAAAAUUUUAAAGCAUUAUGUACUGGAGAGAAAGGUUAUGGAUAUAUUUAUUGUCCAUUCCAUAGAAUUAUUCCUAAUUUUAUGGUUCAAGGUGGUGAUAUUGAAUAUGGAUUAGGUUUUGGAGGUAAAUCAAUAUAUGGAAGGAAAUUUAAUGAUGAAAACUUUAAUAUUAAACAUACAAAGCCAGGACUUUUAUCAAUGGCUAAUGCUGGAAGAAAUACUAAUAAUUCUCAAUUCUUUAUUACCACAGUUCCAUGUCCUUGGUUAGAUGGUAAACAUGUUGUAUUUGGUGAAGUAAUUGAAGGAUUUGAUGUUGUUAAGAAGAUUGAAAGUUAUGGAACUCCAGGGGGUAAACCUACUGCUAAAAUUAUUAUUGAAGAAUGUGGUGAAUGUUAAGCUUAUAAUUAUAUUUAAAUUCUUGUAAAUAGAUAUUAAAAAAAAUAAAUAAAUAAAUAAAUAGCAUAAUCUACGACUUUUAU